AUGGCCAUAUCUAUAGUUUAUGCAUAUGACUUGAAACGCAAAAAUUUCGGCAAACAACCUCAGUUUAGUUUGACAGCAGAAACAAUGCUGGAUACGAUGGAGCCCAACAAAGCUGAACAGAAAAAAUAUUGUUUACGUAAUCCUAUCAAUCGUGAAUGUCAGAUGUACUUACCCAAGUCUGAACAUGUAGUGAACACGGAAAGAGUUCACAUGUCCUCUCGGGGUAUUAACCACUCGGAAGGUGGCUGGCCCAAGGAUGUACAUUACAAUAUUGAAGAAGAAACUAUUCGAUAUCGACGUCGCAUCGAACGCGAGGACACUUAUAUCCACGCUGUCACGACGCUGGCACCAAAAUUCAUAAAAUUCCUCAGACAAAAUAAUGCCAUUGAAAUUUAUGAGCAGUACUUCAAAGGUAUGCCGGAAACGAUGUCUUGUGAAAAACCUAGCGCAAAGCUUAACAAUGUGUACAGAGAUGCGGACCAACGCCCUGUCGCAGGCUUGCGCUGGACCAUCGAGGACGAUCCAAAACUGGUGGUCACCUACUGUUCUAAGGUUUAUCCUGCAAAAGGACCAGUAAACAAACAUUUUCAUUGUUUUGUGUGGGAUCUGGAAAAUCCAUUUACCCCACAUUGUGAAUUUUUACCCCCAACAGCAUGCUGGGACAUCGCUUGUUCGCCAGUUAACCCUGCGCUUAUAGUAGGAGGUCUCGAUGACGGCAGAGUGUGUGUUUUUGAUAUACGAGCACAAGCAGAACCUGUUUCUAUAAGUCCGACGCACAAUGCGAACAGAGAUCCGAUAACCGCGAUUCUUUACAUACAGUCACGUCUGAAUAAUGAAUUUUUCAUAAGUUCCAGUGACGGACAUUGCAAAUGGUUUGAUAUUCGGGAUCUGUCCGAACCAAUGGAGUCUAUCUUUAUGACAGUAGAAGUACCUCGUGGAGAAGUGCCCAGUUGUGCUAAUGCAGAAGGAAUUACCUCAAUGCAGUUUGAUCGCGCGCUUCCCACAAGGUUCUUGGCUGGAACCGAAACCGGUUUAGUUCUUAACAUAAACCGCAAAGGUAAAACCCAACAAGAGCUGAUGACUGGAACAUAUAAUGCACAUUUGGGGCCAGUUCGGGCCGUACACAGAAGUCCGUGUAUUACUAAAAUGUUUUUGACUUGUGGGGACUGGACUGUGCACGUGUGGAGCGAUGAUAUACGGACGAGCCCCCUUAUAACGGGGAAUAGGCACCGUUAUCAGCUCAUGGAUGCUGUGUGGGCGCCAGAAAGAUUAACAUGUUACAUGACUGUAUCAGAAGAUGGAAUGUUUCGUUAUUGCGACCUUCUGCGCAGCUACAGUGAGCCUGUGUUGAGUAUGGCGUUGUCAAAGCAGCCGUUGUUGAAGGUAGUUCCGCACGCAGAUGGUCGUCUGAUCGUCAUGGGAGAUAAGGAGGGAACAGUUUACUUGGUUUCUUUAUCGAGAGAUUUGAUAUCGUCAGAUUCGAAUGACAAGCCAAGCAUGUUGCAGAACUAUGACCGUGAGUGUAAGCGGGAGCAGAUUCUGGCGGCUCGGAUCAAGGAGAUCCGUCUGAGGCUGAGAGACACUGAGGAGGAGGCCACGCAGGUGGAAGACGAGCCUGAUGACGAGGCCUUGAUCAAAAGUGCUGAGGAAGAAUAUCGAAAGCAUGUUAUUGAUGAAAUUCGUCGCAGUGGUAUGGCUGAAGCAGGCCGAAAACGUUGAUACGUUUUAUAUUAUCGCUAAGACAUAACUCAUAUUAUUAGAAAUAAUUGCUUAAUUUAUUUUUGUUUAAGGAAUUGGUACCUACCCAUUUAAGUUAUACCGUGUACUCUUUAAGUUAUUCUGUAAUACCAACUUGUGGGUAAGAAAUAAUAAAUUUUAUCUUUAAAA